CCGCUUGUUGUCGGCCGCUAUUUGCUGCGCUUAUCGUUAGCGCGGCCGGGGCUGCCGCACAGCUCGCUUCCCGUCCGGUGGUCCUCUCCCAGAUUAGGAAGUGAAUCACACGGGGGAGAGAGAGGAGGGAGGUCCGUAGCAAGAUAAACAUCGCCGAGCUGGGUUUGUCGGAGGAGGAGAGAAACAGGGAGGCCGCUGUCUCUUUUUUUUUACAAGAACCUUAAGAAAUUAAGAUGAGUACCACAGAGUCUUAUUAUAGCAAAAACGUGUUGGAAGUUCAACAUGGCUGCCCUCUGAACUCUGUCCUUGGAGGUCAAGGGGCAGGGGGUGGGUCGUCUCUUCGUCUUCAUGGCAAUGGCCAGCACCCAGAGAAAUUUGAGAAAGAUAGCAACUUUAAUUUCCUGGGGCAUGAGGAUGAACUGCUCACUGGGGACGAAAACCGCAACCAGCUGCGUCUGCGUCUGCAGAACCUGCAGGGGCGUGAGCCGCUCCUCCAGUCUGCGCAUUUUGGGCCCAUGUCUCCGCUCUCCCGCCUGCCUUCCUGGAGCCCGCUGGAGCCCCUGCCUGAAAUCGAGGUCGCAGAAGAGGCCUGUGGCCGUGUGCCCCCGGAAGGCGCGGAGGGCAAGAUGGAGGAGGAGGGAAAUUUAAAGGAGGAGGAAGAAGUGGAGGACAGCAAAGAGGAGGGUGAAGAGGAGGAAGAAGAGGAGGACUGGGAGGAGAGUGACUCAGAAUUUGAGUUCAGCUACCGCUCCAGCAGUAGCAGCAGCAGCUCGCUGAACAUGAUGGGUAAGGAUGGAUCAGGCAGGCCUGAGUCCGGCUGGAGAGGUGUCCCCCCAGGGGGGGGACGGGGGCAGGAGCCACCAGAAGGGGGCAGUGUGACAAGUUUACAGGGCAGGGUUGGAGAUGGCCAGAGCAUCAUGGAAAUGAAGAACCCCCAGAGCGAGGGAGGCUCCUCGGAUUCUGACACAGACACCUGUCCCGAACUGCACGAGCUGAUGGAGGCCAUGUGGACCCUUCGGGACCAGGAGAGGUUCAAGGCCCAGGAGAUGGAGAGACACCAGGUGCAGCUGACCAUGUACCGGCGCCUGGCGCUGAUCCGCUGGGUCCGCUCCCUGCAGGGCCGGGUGCAGGAGCAGCAGGACCGCCUGCAGUCCAGCUUCGACGUUAUCCUCACACACAGAAAGGAGCUGCUGAGGAUGGGCGCAGGCAUGGCCAUGCCCACCACCGCCACCGUCAGCCAAUCGUAAAGCAGAGGAAGGGGCAGGAUCUCCAACUAGCUCUGAGGAGGGUCACAUACUUUGUGUAACAGCGGUGGAAGUGGAUAAACGGGAGCCUUCAAAGUACUGAGCUCUGUUAGACGUCCUUAAAGUCACACCGACUGUUAAAGGGGGCUUCUCAAGUAGAUGUCCCCAAAUGCUUUAAACCCUAAUAUCACCUUGUCAAAAUUUCUCAGCCAAGUUUUCAUUUUUUAAUCUUUUGGUGCUCUAUCAAGACCAUGACCUGAGAUUUCAGAGCCCUGUGUCUUCACACCAACCACAACAAGCUUUUGUUUCACUUUAGUGUAAUUCUUCCAUUAAGCGCUGCUCAGCCUCAUUUUCUUGUACAGAAAUAUAUAUAUCUAUAUAAUAAAAGUAGUCUAAUUGUGUGUGUGUGUGUGUGUGUGUGUGUGUGCGUGCGUGCACCCUGCAGUGAACUUCCAUCUCGUGCAGCGGAUUCCCCAGUCUUUGUCUCUGUGCUGCAGUCCAAAACUGCAACCCACAGCAUAGGAGAAGCGGUUUGUGGAUGGAUGGAUGGAUGGGUGGAUGGGUGGGUGCAAAAGCAAUCUAUUAAAUGUAUAAUUUGUAUCAAUAUCUAUAUAUGUUUGAAGAGCAUUCUAUGCAUAAAAAAAUCUAUCUGUGGUGUAAUAAACAUAUUAAGAUGUU